AUGACAAAUAAUAUAAGUCGUUGUCCACAUGUAGCUACAAUUGGAUUUAUUUCAACAGAAGAUUAUUUAAAUGCUAUACAACAUGAAAAAUGUGUAAAAUGUGAUUGUAUUGGUCCUCAUUUAUGGUUAUGUUUAAGAGAAGGUUGUUUAUUUGUUGGUUGUGGUUCUGGAAAAGAAAAAAAUGAUCAUAGUACUGAGCAUGAAAAAGAAAAAGCACAUCCACUUCAAUUAAAUUUAACAACAAAACGUAUUUGGUGUUAUGUUUGUAAUCAAGAAGUUUAUUCAAAUAAUGAUCCAUCAUUUGAAUUAUCAUUUAUUGAUCGUUCAAGAUUACAAUCAAAAUCUUCUAAAUUAAUAAAUAAUGUUAAUCAAUCAAUAAAUAAUUCCGUUCAAGUAAAUGUUGUUAAUUUAGUUCAAGAAAAUUCUUUAAAUCAAUCAAUUAUUCGUCGAAAUCAAUAUGAAAAAUGUUUUGAACCAACACUUUUUGAACUUGAACAUUCAGAUACAACAGAUUUUACUCGAGGUAUAUCGGGUUUAUAUAAUUUAGGUAAUACAUGUUAUAUGAAUUCAGCUUUACAAGCACUUUCAAAUUGUGUUCCAUUAACAAGUUAUUUUCUUGAUUGUAUUCCAUUUAUUGGAACGAAUUCGUAUCGUCGUAUAAAUGGAGAUUUAUCACAUAUUAAACCAAAUGGAAGAUUAGUUACAUCUUAUUUAAAAUUUAUUGAAUCAAUGUGGAUUAAACCUCUUCGUGGACGAGAAAGUCAUGUUAUUAAUCCAAGUUCUAUAGCAGCAGAAAUUCGUUCGAUAAAUCCAUCAUUUCGUUCUUAUACUCAACAAGAUGCUCAAGAAUUUCUUCGAUGUUUUAUGGAUGAAUUACAUUCAGAAAUGCGUUCUGUUCAAUUUGAUUCAGAUGAUAAACAUCGAAGUGAAAGUAGUAGUACAGAAAAUAGUGAUGUGGCUAUUAUUAUACCAAAUCUCAAUAGUGAAUCGGAAUAUGAAACAUGUUAUUCUGGUUUUACAUCAAGUAGUGAUGAUAAUAGUAAUGAUGAUGAAAAAAAAAAAUAUGCAUCAAUAAAUGAAAUAAAUGAAUAUUCAAAAAAGAAAAUUUAUCGAGAAAAAUCUCAAUCAUUAAGCCGAACAGAUUCUGGUGUUUCACUUAAUAGAAAUAAAAAACAAGAAGAACAAAAAAUUAAUUUAUUUGAUAAAAAUAUGAAAACAAUUAAUUCAUAUAGUAAUAAAUCUAAAAGAAUAUUAACAAAUUCAAUAAUAUCAUCUAUAUUUGAUGGAACAAUUCAAAGUCAAAUUGAAUGUUUAACAUGUAAUCGACGUUCAUCAACUAUUGAAACAUUUCAAGAUCUUUCAUUACCAAUUCCAUCAAGAGAACAACUUGAAAAAUUUCAUUCAAUACAAUAUGGAAAUGAUGAUCAAUUAUUAUCAACAAAUCAACAAAUAUUUGAUCAAAAUAAAAAUGAUUCUUGGAUUUCAUGGUUUUAUUCUUUAUUUAAAAAUUUAUUGACAUUAAAUAUUUGGGGUCCACCAUUAACUUUACAAGAUUGUCUUCAAGCUUUUUUUCAAGCUGAUGAACUUACUGGAGAUAAUAUGUAUAGUUGUGAAAAAUGUCGAAAAUUGAGAAAUGGAAUAAAAUAUUGUAAAGUUGUCGAAUUACCUGAAGUAUUAUGUAUACAUUUAAAACGUUUCCGUCAUGAUUCAAUGAUCUAUACAAAAAUAGGAAGUUAUGUAUCAUUCCCUUUAGUCGAUCUUGAUAUGACACCAUUUAUUCAUAAAGAUUGUCGAAGUAAAAUUCAUAUGUAUGACUUAUUUGCAUGUAUUGUUCAUUAUGGUCGAGCUGGUAGUGGUCAUUAUAUAACAUAUGCAUUAAAUGGUCUUAAUCAACAAUGGUAUGAAUAUGAUGAUGAAAAUGUUAGACAAGUUGAUCCAGCAAUUGUUCAAAAUGCUGAAGCAUAUGUUCUUUUUUAUAGAAAAAAAGAACCAAAUAUAAGUGAAACAUAUGAAGCAAUUCGUCAUUUACUUGCAAGAGAUCAAGAUUAUCUUCUACCAUUUUAUAUAUCUCGUUCAUGGAUAAAUCGAUUUUUUUAUUUUGCUGAACCUGGACCAAUAACAAACAAUGAUUUUUUAUGCAAACAUGGAGGUGUUUUACCACAUUAUUGGAGUGUUAUUAAUGAUCUUGUUUGUCCAGUACCUGAAAGUGUUUGGCAAUAUUUAUCUGAAAAACAUGGUGGAUGUUCAGUAUGUAAUAUAUUAUAUCCAUGUCGAAAAUGUCAAUUAGAUGAUGAAAAUUUAAAAUGUCGACAACGUUUAGAAAAGAAAACUUUCUUACAAUUAAAAAGAUCUGAAAAAGAUACUGAUGCUAUUUAUGCACUUAGUCCAAAUUGGUAUCGAGAUUGGGAAAAUUUUGUUUGUGAAAAAUCAUCUGAACCGCCAGGUCAAAUAUCAAAUGCAUCUAUUUCAAUAACAAAAAAUGGCAUUACUCGUUUACUUAGACGUGAUUGUAAUUAUUUUCAAGUUAACGAAUCUAUAUGGAAUUUUUUAUAUUCAAUAUACGGUGGUGGACCUGAAUUAAUUAUUCGACCAAAUUCUACAAUGAAUUCAAAUUCAAAUGUAGAUGAUCAAAUAUCUUCGAAUAAUAAACCUGCAGUGACUUUCGUUUAG